CUGCCACACCACUGCGUCUUGAGGCCGGACAGCACCACUACGAAGCUUCGCGUGGUGUUUGAUGCUUCGUGUCGCACGUCUACCGGAGUUGCUCUGAACGAUGCGCUCAUGGUGGGACCAGUUGUGCAGGACGAUUUACUGGACAUUGCGCUACGCUUUCGACUCCACGCUGUUGCCAUCGUCGCUGACAUCGCCAAGAUGUACCGUAUGAUUCGCGUCCAGCCUGACGACCAGAGACUGCAGAGGAUUGUUUGGAGAGACAAUGUGGACGAACCCAUCCGAAUCUACGAGUUGACCACUGUCACGUACGGAACGGCGUCUGCGCCGUAUUUAGCGACCAAGUGCUUGCAAAAACUCGGUGAGAUCGGAGAAAAGACGCACCCAUCCGCUGCCAAGAUCCCCAAACGUGACUUCUACGUUGACGACAUGUUGGCAGGUGCGCACACGGUCGCUGAAGGAAAAGAGCUAGUCGCCGAAAUGGUCGAUCUGAUGGAAUCUGGCGAAUUCUCGUUGCGAAAGUGGCAUUCAAACUCUCGAGACAUCCUGCUCGACGUCCCGGAACAUCUUCGCGACGAACGGACUUUGCUUGAACUGGACACGUCUGACGCAACCGUCAAGACGCUCGGGCUCGUCUGGGAGCCCAGUACGGACUGUUUCCGUUUCAGAUCGCCAAAGUGGAACGACGUUGCCGUGAUCACGAAGCGUGUCGUGGCCUCAGACAUGGCCAUGAUCUUCGACCCGUACGGGUUGAUCGGUCCUGUCGUCGUCCAAGCGAAAAUCUUCGUGCAGAAGCUGUGGCGCAUGGAACUGGAUUGGGACGCCGCUCUGCCAGAAGAUCUGCAGGAGUACUGGCGUGAAUACCGCAGAAAUCUAGCCGGUCUGGACAGCCUGUCGAUACCCCGCUGGAUUGGCACAGGUGCAGAUGACCAGACUGUGCAGCUUCACGGGUUCUGCGACGCUUCAGUCAACGCUUACGGUGCGUGCAUCUACAUCCGAACCGUUUCGGCCAACGGCGACGUCACCGUCCGCUUGCUGGCCUCCAAAUCCCGCAUCGCACCGCUCGAGAACCUGAAGAAGGAGAAGCGUAAGCAGUCGAUUCCCCGCCUGGAGCUGGCGUCCGCUCUGCUGCUGGCGCAUCUGUACGAGAAGGUGGCCAACGCCAUCAACUUCCGAGGCAAAGCGUUCUUCUGGACAGAUUCCAUGAUCGUACGCUGCUGGCUCGCGUCACUGCCGUCCAGAUGGAACCAGUUCGUGGCCAACCGUGUGUCCGAGAUUCAACAUCUGACGGAGAGCGGAUCUUGGGACCAUGUGCCCGGAAUAGAGAACCCAGCUGACAUCAUUUCUCGCGGCAUGACACCGAUGCAGCUGCAGUACUCAAAGCUUUGGUUUAGCGGACCCGAUUGGCUGAGUCUCGACCACCAGCACUGGCCGCACGCUCAAGUGCCAAACGCAGCAGACUUCGACCACGAAGAACUGGAGGAACACAACGCUGUCGCUGCAGUUGAACAUGACGCCGAGCCAUGCAGACUGUUUACAGCGAAUUCAUCGUACACCGUGACAAUACGGACGACCGCUGUAAUCUGCCGCUUCUGUUUCAACAGCCGUGCGGCGAACAAGCACUGCCGCAGAGUUGGUCCGUUGACGGCUGAAGAGCUCGAGGUCGCUUUGAAGAAGCUGGUGCGCCUCGCUCACCGAGAAUGCUUCCCGGAAGAGUACGAUGCUUUGUCCAGAGAUCGCGCGAUUCCAAACAACUCCCGCAUUGCUGCGCUGAACCCAAGAAUCAUCGAUGGAAUCCUGUGCGUCGGCGGCCGGUUGCAGCACGCCGCAGUCUCAGACAACCGGAAGUUUUGUAUCACCACGUACGCCCGGUGGCCGAUGUCGUACGUGAGAGACAAUUAACAUUAAACAAAUUAAAAGCAAGGACAAAAUAAGACUUUAUGUCCAACAAAUAAAACAACGUGUUAUCUUGUAAGUAAUUAAACACGGAAUGGCUUUAUUGAAUCCAUUUGACAACCGGAACCUCCUCUACGUAUGCGCUGUGGUGACGUCGUGACCUGGGCGUUCCAGACGCCAAGUUCGAGUCCAGCGGCGUGCGGACUGGUGGGGACCAUCGCUGAUUAGGUUGUCCCAACAUCCCCCCUUCUCAAUUGAGCUGGUACGAGUUGAACCGCUGAGGCUUCUUUCGAACUCGUGUAGAACGACGAAGCCCCGGUACCAGCGACGCAGGCUCGCUUUCAGGUGGUGCAACCUGCUCGGGUGAUCUUGGUAUGGAUGGCGAGCAUUCUGGGACACCAUGUGACGAGCGUUGAUCCGGACUUGCUGACUGUAGUGACGCGUCCAAGACCGUCGGUGUUGUUGGGUCCGCAGCCGGUGUUGGUUUCGACAGAUUCCAGGAAUCCAGCAGGAUGUCGAGGGGCAACUUCGGCUUCUCUGCUCCAUCUGUCCUCGGAUCCCAAUCUGCACGACUGAGAAGCUGAUUUGCGUGCGAUCGGAGCAUACGGCGGUCCUCGACCCAAACGGUAUACAUCACCUGGCCAACCCGGUCGCAAACAACGCCAGGCGCCCAGUGCCACUUGUUUCCGCUGUACAGCUUCGCGUAAACCAGGUCGUGUGGUUCAAACCGUCGCUUCCGGGAACCACCUUUCAACUCCGUUGACUCGCUUGGUGGUUUUGGUGGUGGUGGCAAGAGCAGUUCCAGAUUCGUUCGGAUGCGGCGUCCAAACAUGGCUUCAGAUGGUGACACGCCGCCUUCGACCUGACGAUUCGGUGUAGUUCGAUACGUCAUCAGGAAGACGUCUAGCGCUUCGUCGAUUGAGCUCCUCCCCGCCUGAAUCUUCUUCACUGCUCGUUUAAACGUAUCCACAAAACGCUCCGCUUGGCC